UUUAUUUACAGCAGUGUCGUUGAGUUUGGUUGAACGCCUUCGAGAAGCCAGUCAGUGUUUUAAAAGCCCGGCCGCGUGGAGCAUGGAGCAUGGCUCGUGCUGUUAUUCUGUUGCUGGGAGACGUUAUGAUUGAGUAAAACCCAGGAGCGGUUUUAGACGCCCACUUCUCCCUUCCUGGGUGGCAGCAUGUGCGCAACCUGUCGACCCUGUUCAGGCGUAACACCAUCGCUUUCAUCAUCUGCUUGCUCAUUUUGAAUAUUUCUGUCUGGCUCUUAUUGGAUUGGUGGUUAAAAUCUAGUUCAUGCACUCUGAGCUCCAGAAUUUUCUGAUGCAGUUUGUAUUUUCUGGAGAAAGUGUCUGAAAAGGAAUCUGAUUCAGUGUGGGCUUUCUUGUUUUCAAAACAAGUUUCUGGCGCAAGUAAGCAUCUUUUAGAGGAUGGAGCUCAACAAACUGACCUCAAGUGCUGCUUUGCUUUAUGAUGAGUUGCUUAAAGAAGCAGACCCAAGAGUUGAGGACUGGCUCCUUAUGUCCUCCCCGUUCCCUCAAACCAUGAUCAUCCUUUCCUACAUCUACUUUGUCACAACGCUCGGACCUCGUCUGAUGGAGAACCGUAAACCUUUUGACCUCAAGCAACCUAUGAUCAUCUACAACUUCAGCAUAGUUGCAUUCUCUCUCUACAUGAUUUAUGAGUUUCUCAUGUCUGGCUGGGCCAAUGGUUACUCAUACAGGUGUGACAUUGUGGACUAUUCCAGCUCACCACAGGCUCUCAGGAUGGCAUGGACAUGCUGGCUGUACUACUUCUCCAAGUUCAUCGAGAUGUUGGAUACUAUUUUCUUUGUGCUGAGAAAAAAGAACAGCCAAGUCACUUUCCUCCAUGUGUACCAUCACUCAAUCAUGCCCUUCACAUGGUGGUUUGGAGUCAAGUUUGCUGCAGGUGGUCUGGGAACCUUCCAUGCCCUGCUGAACUGCUGUGUCCAUGUGAUCAUGUAUACAUACUAUGCCCUGUCUGCUAUGGGCCCAGCCUAUCAGAAAUACCUCUGGUGGAAGAAGUACAUGACGACCAUUCAGCUAGUUCAGUUUUUGAUGGUGACUGUCCACAUCGGCCAGUUUUUCUUCAUGAAAGACUGCCCAUACCAGUUCCCAGUGUUCCUCUACAUCAUUUGGUUGUAUGGACUGAUAUUCCUGGUUCUUUUCCUCAAUUUUUACUACCAUGCAUAUACCAAGGGCAAGAGAUUGCCCAAAGUCCUUCAGAAUGGAGCAUGCUUCCUAAACCGUGCACACAAGAAGAUUGAAUAAGGACUUUGUACUCUGUCGUUACCCAUAAGUGAAGAUCCUGCAGCUUUUUAAAUUUUCUUUAGUUUCCUUUAACCAUUUCAGAAAAUUCACCCACUGUGUUUUAUGUUAAAACUUUGUGGAAUGCCACUUUCUCACUGAAUGAAUAUUGCUUGACUAGCACAUGUGGUUUUACACUGAAGAUGUGGAUCCUGGUUUGUACGGUCUUCACUCGGGUUCUGAAAUGUUUAUGGGGUACGAUAUUUUAAUGUACCCUUCGAUUGUACAUUUUAAGCCCACCUUUGAAAUAUGACCUAACUGCUGGUUUAACUAAAUACAUGGAUCGUGAGAGCGAAGGUACUUGUUUUUAAUGCUGUUGGCCUUUGAAAGGGCAGUGAAAGGUCUGCUUUUUACUUGGUAGGUUCCUUAAGCAAACCUUGGGCCCUUUCCCCAAUGAAGAGCAUGACUGAUAACUACGCUUGAGUCCUAGGUUGAAUGUGGUAAACGUGACAGCUGGGUUAAUUUGGAGUUUUCAGCUUUUGGAAAAAUUUUAUUUUCAGUGUUUAUUGUUAACUUCUUAAUAUUCUUGUGGCUAUUCUUGUUGGUUUUUUUUUUUUUUUUAAAAAAAAAGUCUGACUGAGGCAUUGGUGUUCUUCAAAGAACCAAAUAUGCCAGUGAUCUAUGGAGACUGUUUGUUAUUUUCCCCUAGUCCUUGUAUUUAUGUAUUUUGUAAUCUUUACAGCGCUCUAUUUAUAUACUUGAGUUUUUGUUAAAUGGAAAAAUUGUGCCUUUUUAUUCAACAAAAUAAAUUAUUUGUCAAUACGUUUGUUUUUGUGCAUUUGUUGCUAAUGCUGACCCGGAAGUCCUCCUAACCAUAUUUGGCGCAACCGGUUUGGCACGUGAUCUUUCGUUGUCCAAUCACGUUGCCCGAAACAAUGUGUCCAGUUUGAAAACCGAGCGUGC